AUGGAGUAUCUACCGGGUGAGCUCAAUCCAAUUGAAGAUGACGAGAGGUUUCCUCAACCAGAAGACAAUGAAGAAGACGUUCAUCUAGGUCGAAGCGAGGAGGGUCAUCCCGUUGUAGGCUAUGUGGCCAUUACACAGUUACAAGCCGCUCAAAAAGAUGAUUUGCGCUCGGCUCAGAUGGAUGCUAUUUUGAAGUGGCUUAACAAUUUCCAUGUGUACAGUCAUCGACUUGAAGGACUGCAAGAAGUAGUGGCCUUUGACGUCCUCUGCGGAAACUUCAACUUCGACAACAUGUCUCCAAGUGAUAUGACAGACUGGAGUCAUCCAUUAUUUCUCAUCUACCACGACCCGUGUCGACUGAAGCCUGGUCUUGAUAAACACUGGACAGUAGGAACACUCAUGCGCUCUCAACGACUACACGAUCAAGAAGUGGCUACUCCAGAAAAUCUUCAGAAGGUUCUGGAGAAUAGUCAGAAACGGAGUACAUACGUAGAGGACGUGAAGGUAUGGGAAGGAACGGAAGGACAGCUUCCUUGGAGCACCUUCGAUUUAAGGAAUUACCAAGGCAACGGAAAGAGGAGGGUCGAUUAUGUCCUAUGCAGUAACUACAACACUCACAUGAUGCAGGAAUGUGAGGACUAUGCCUUUGUGACCCAGCUGGCCACCUUGACCGAUCACAUCCCAAUCAGUAUGACCCUCUCCACCUCGCUGGGACCUUCCUGUGUCAAGGGUUGGCCUUCCGGUACCCAUAACCACUCCGGUCAAGACGAAACGGAUCGCCCAGCACGGCGAUGUCGACUGCAGUACGAAACCACCGUAUGACGACGGUCAUCGUUAUCGACAUCGAUGGUGCAUUCGUAGAUUGAGAUUUUGUUUUCUACUGAUGAUAAUCGUGUUUUAUACGGUAGAUAAUAAUUACUAUUAAAAUAGCCUAAUUCUAUAUUUAUCGAUCUAUCACAAUACGAAAAUUCGAUGUAUUCUUUAUCGAACUGAUCAAGUCUGUUUUCUCAAAAAGUUUGAAAUUUUAUAUUCUUAAAUUCGUAAUAGGUCCAUGGUAGAAUGAAUGUGAAAACAAUUAGAGCAAACAAAGGCAUAAUUUUUUUGGAAAGGUUGUUGGGAAAAUUUACCUUGAAUGGAUAAAGGUGUAAAACCGACGCACUUUAUUGCCUUUUUUAAAAAGGAAUUCAUAUCUUAUAGAAUAAAAUUUUUUCAAGUGUACCUUGAACGAGUUUGGUUGCAAAUGUCUGAGUUAGAAGAUGAAAUUAAAGGACAAAAUAUAAGUAUAGAGAUGGUAUAAUUACAAAAUGAUAACAAAAGAAAAGGGAUUAUUAAGGGGAAGAAUGAUGGAACUAACAAAAAUUCGAUGCUUGAUAGAAUGUUGACGGAGAUGCUCAAUGCUGAUUAUGCCGGCGUCGUUGUUUUGGUGUGGUGGUGGUGAUGAUGAUGAUGAUGAUGACGAUGAUGAUGAUAAUGCUGGUGAUGAUGAUGGUAAUGAUGAUGAUGAUGAUGACGAUUUUGGGGAUGUUGAAAAUACAAAUACGAGAAAGGGAUUGGAAGAGGGGAUUCAGAGCAGUAGAAGAAGAGAAGGAGGAGGAAGAUGGAGAGAGGAGAAGGAAGAAGAAGAAGAAAUAGGAGAAUGGAGGAAGAGAAGCGAAAAAUACAAGACAUCGGGUUUAAAGGUCUUAUCUUCCAUAGUAUGGACAAAGAGAGUGUCAUGCAUUA